UGAUAAUGAGGCUGAAUAAUGAGCCGAGAUAAUGUGAUGGAGGUGCCCCUAACUGUUUUGAUGGUGCAAAUAACACUGAUUUCGAUUGUUGAUGCGGUUCAUCCAGGUUGUGAAUGCCUCGUAUUUUCUGCUACGUAUGGCAAAGAGAAAGGAGUUUUCAAAAGUCCGGACUUUCCCAAACCGUACUCCUCGAAUAUCGAUUGCCUGCUCUACACUUUUGUGGGGAGCUCCGACGAGAUCAUAGAGAUCAAUUUCAUGGAUUUCGACGUGAGGAGCAACGGACAAGUCAAAUGCAUGCAGGGAGAUUAUUUGAAAGUUUUCCUACACUUGGAGAGUGGUGACGUGAACGAGUAUACCCCUUGGGAGAGGUUACUAUGCGGUCGACUGGCCGACAUCCCUACAAUAAUGUAUUCCUCGGGUCCUGGAUUAGUGCUCGAAUUUCAUACCGGACCACGCUCCGUGAAUGCAACCGGAUUCUCAGGGACAUUCAGAUUCAUCGAUAAGAAAAAAUAUAAAACCGGAGGUAUGAGAUUACCAAACACAAUGUGUGAUUAUCAGUUCCUCAGCUCAAACCACCAGCCAAGUUAUGGCAAGUUUUAUUCCCCAAGAUAUCCAUCCAAUUAUCCGAGCAACAUCAGAUGCUCCUAUAGAUUUAGAGCUAGACAUGGUGAAAAUAUUCGAAUAAUGUUUGAAGAAGUGUACUUACAAAAAGGUGAUAUCAGCUGCCUGAAUAGGGCCGACAUCAUUAGAGUGUACGAUGGAAAAACCUCAGCGGAUCCAGCGAUAACUAUCCUCUGCAACGAGGGCACAGAAAUGGAGGUACUUUCCACUGGUCCAGAGCUCUUCUUGGAGUUUGUGGCGAAUUCUGAUCAACCAGGUCGGGGAUUCAAAGCCAGCUUCCAAUUCCAGCAAGGCAUUGAUAAUUCAGUAGAAAUACAGAAGGUGUCAAAACCUAGUGGAAAUGUCCUGAGCAUUGGUGAUGGAGAGCCUAGUGCUAGUGAAGCUAGGUCACAGUGUGAUAUAAAUAUAAUAAGCGAUACCAAUAAGAAUGGAACCAUAGCGAGUCCAAAUUAUCCAGCGCCAUAUCCUCCAAAAACUACUUGUAGAUACGAAUUUCAAGGUCGUGGCAAAGAGAGGGUCCAAAUAGUCUUCCAAGAAUUUAAUUUAUAUAAUUUACCUGGAUCUAAAGAUUGCGAGGGGCAAGAUUCACUGGUAGCUUACGUCCAUAUAGAUGGUCGAAUGGAAAAAAUCGACACAUUUUGCGGAAACACAUCACCGAAACCAGUAAUGUCUAAUGGCCCUCGUCUAAAAUUGGAAUUUCAAAGCCUUUAUGCUGCUAAAUACCCUCGAGGGUUCAAAGCAAUAUACAGUUUCACAGAAAAUUUCGGGAUAAGAACUGGCACGCAACUGCCGGAUUAUCCAUGUGCCUUCGUUUUUAAUAGUAAUGAAUCUAGAAGUGGUAUUUUCUACAGCCCCAAUUAUCCUGGUUCGUAUCCUCGAGACACGGAAUGCCAUUAUUUCUUCCACGGAAAUCACGACGAGAAGGUCCAUUUACAUUUCAACUAUUUCGACAUUGAAGGAGUACUGCCAUGUGAAGCAGUAUCAGCUAGCGAUUACGUUGAAUUUUCCAACUACAUGGCCCGAGAUAGAAAGUAUUCUCGGCAUUGUGGCCAACUCGAAGAAUUCGACGUCGAAUCUGAUAGAAAAUUUUUCAGAGUAACAUUCCGUUCCAACGAUCGUCUUGAUGGAACCGGAUUCAAUGCAACCUAUCACUUCCUGAACGAAAUUGAAACCUAUACGAAAAAACCUGCAGCGUCAAGGGGAACGUAUGAAAGCAACCAGAAUUGGUGUCUCUUCUACGGAUUCAUUGUUACCUUAGCCAGAUUUCUUCAAUGAAGAGGAUAUCACAACGGAUCGAAGCAAUAUAGUUAAUAGAUAAUAAAUUUUUGUACAUUCCUACUCUAUUUUCUGUUGAUUCUUCUGAAUUCUAUCGAAUACAUUUGGGUUGGUUGAAUGAUUACUCGUUGAUUUGUUGAGUGUUUUAAAAUCACUUUGAUGUGACCCUAAAAUUUAGUUGAAUGAAUGUUUUGUUGAAAGCAUUUCAAUCAACUCAAAUGAUAUUCGUUAUUUAAAAAGACUGUAUAAAUGUAAAAAGUUAGAUGAAUAAAUUGGUUGGGACUUAUAA